AUGGCUGCUCAAGGUGCUGGAGAGCAUGUUUAUGCUACGCUUCUUCUGAGCGAUUCCUAUCUUCCUGGCGCACUCGUUCUCGCUCACUCUCUUCGCGAUGCAGGAGCCAGUCGCAAGCUAGCAGUAUUGGUCACACUCGAUACCGUGUCCGCUGACUCCAUUACGCAGCUCAAGAGGGUCUACGACUACAUCUUCCCUGUGCCGCGCAUUCGUAAUGACCACCCGGCCAAUCUGUACCUAAUGAACCGUGGCGACCUGCAUUCAGCGUUUACCAAGAUCAAUCUAUGGAGUCUCACACAGUUUUCCAAGGUUGUCUACAUCGACGCUGAUGUGGUAGCAUAUCGAGCUCCUGACGAGCUUUUCGACACGCCCCAUCCAUUCGCAGCUGCCCCGGACAUCGGCUGGCCAGAUCUUUUCAACACUGGCGUCAUGGUUCUGGAACCCAAUAUGGGCGACUACUACGCUAUGAUUGCCAUGGCUGAGAGGGGAAUUUCGUUUGAUGGCGCCGACCAAGGCCUCAUCAACAUGCAUUUUGGUCAACGGUAUCAUCGAUUGAGCUUCACUUACAACGUCACACCAUCUGCACACUACCAAUACGUCCCGGCGUAUCGACACUUCCAAUCAAGUAUUAAUAUGGUGCAUUUCAUCGGAUCCAACAAGCCAUGGUUCACUGGUCGAGAUGCCCCUUCUGGCAAUAACCCCUUCAGUGAGAUGAUAGGCCGAUGGUGGGCAGUCUACGAUAGGCAUUACCGACAUCAAGAAUCUUCUGGCAAUGCUUCUUCACCUACUCCAUAUGUCCAAUAUUUCACAAAGGGAGAAUGGCACCCUCAGCUGGUCCACGCGCAGUCUUCUACCAGUGAACACCACCGCUCCGUUUCAGCUGAGGGAACGCAUCAUUCAGCUCCAGCUCACGAACACCAUGCAUCUUGGGAGGAGCAAGGCUCAGGACACCAUCAAUCAGAAGGAUCUGGGCCCCAUGAAGGAUCGCACCAUGAUGGCAGAUAUCAUGAUGGGUCAGAUUCUGGUUCGGCUCAUCAUGAUCACCAUCCUGCACCUCCUAGUGGUCGGCCGGUCUCUAUUCCUGGGCAUCACCAUGAACAGCAUCACGGACAACACGCUUCUGAACAUCAGCACCAUCACCACGAAGAACCAAAGAACGAGCCACCCCAGAUUACAAUGCAUGAUUGGGAUGCUCAGAGACAUCCUCCUCCUGCUGAUUCGAAACCCGAGGCUAUGAACUUCCCUUCCACUCAUUACGAAAUGUCACGCGAUACAGCCCCUUUUAUCCCGCCUGAACGAUACCCAAGUCCCCCAAAGAACAUGUGGUAUGAAGUACCAAAAGAGAAGCCAGCCCCACGAUCAAAGCCAGCUCCAGAGAUCUUUCCGUGGGAACGCAACCGACCUCGCCCAACCAGAUCAUUCCUUGGGGAACCAGAACUAUCCGCGCCUGAACCAGAGCCCACACCUGCAGAGUCCGGCUCAGAUCCCAGCACUGUGUCUACAACACAGCUUUCGGUGACAACUGAAGGUCUUACAGAGUCUUCUGAGGUGACAGCAUCAGGAUCUGGGGCGAAGAACGAGUCGAAUGCAUCUACUCCUAUAGUGCAGAUUACCCCAUCAGACCCUUGGACGUCAUACACACGCACAAACGCCUGGGAUGAGGUGCCUGAGAUCGAGCGGUACGUUGAUCGCCUGCAUGGUGGUCAUCGACGUGGUAAGAGUUCGACCUCUACGAUAGGGCGUGUGAAGAGCCCAUCAACUGGCGCAUGGAGGGACGAUCGCAGCACCUUUAAGAACCGCGGCCUGAAACUCACCGAUUUCCCGAGCGCUACAGAACGCCCCAGCUUGCCGGUCACACCGGCCCCAAUUCAUCGGCACUCGUUCUGGGCGGAAGACGACGGGGAACAUGAGGACGAAGCAGCAAAGAAACUUCCUGAGGCUGAAGGCGUGCCUACGCAGUCUGACUGGGAUCCGCUAGCACAGCUCCAGAAGCUUGCUAAGCAGCAAUCGGAUGCGUUGUUAAAGAAGCUCGGUGGCGAAGGAGACGAGGGUCGAGAAGGAGGAGUGAGUCGAGAGAUUCCAACACGUUCAUUACCCUUUGGUUCGGGUGAUGCCAAGUCACCUACUUAUGUCGCGCAGUCUGCUGCAGGUGUGCUCAGCCCACAGCCGGUAAAAGGCGAAAGGUCGGCAGGCAUCUUGCGUGACAUGAGCAGUGGCCGUCUCGAACCCGAAUCAACUUCGCAAUCGACUACGAUUCCCGAGCCGAGCUAUACCGGGCCUGGCGCUGCCUGGGAGAAGGAUGAAGAUAUACCGCAAUAUGAGACACCCGUGCCACCUAAGGAGGAGGAGCUAGAUGCUCUUAACGCAUAG